GGAGCGCAUCGUCCACUCCAGGAAUAGCGAUCUCUGGACUCGGCCCACCCUGACCGUCUUGCCUCUGGUCCUCACUAGCUCUUCUCCGGCACCUCGCACCUUUUUCCUGGCAACCUCUUUGCCCACCGCUUUGCUUUUGGCUUCCCACCCCACCUUUCGCUUCGCCUGCCAUGUCUCAUACUCCCGAACACCUCAUCAACGUCCUGCAGCACCUGCAGACUGCAGACAACACCGUGCGUUCUCACGCUGAAGAUGAGCUCAACACUCUCGUCAACCACAACCCCGACUUUGUCAUCACCACUCUGGCCCAGUUGUCGGUCCAGCAUCCCGACCAGCAGCUGCGUGCCUAUACCGCCGUCCUUUUCCGACGCAUCGCUCUCCGAAACCGCAAGAUCGACGACAGCACCCAAGUGGCUGCCGAUGCCGACUUGUCCGUCUGGGCUGUUCUUUCGCCCUCCAUCCAGGCCGGAUGCAAGACCCUCCUUCUCCAGUCUCUCUCCUCAGAGUCCGUCGCCGUUGUCCGCAACAAGAUCUGCGAUACCAUCAGCGAGCUUGCCAAGCACCUCUUCACAAUGCAAGAAUCGUGGCCUGAGCUGCUUGGCGCCGUUUUCGAAUGCACCAAGUCUCCCUCGGCCGACCACCGGGACAGCGCCCUUCGCAUCAUCAGCUCGGUCCCGUCUCUUAUUACUGAACAGGACCCCAGCGGUGUUGCUCACGUUUUUGCUGCAUCUCUCCAGGACGGUGUUCUGAACAUCCGUGCCUCUGCCUUGAAGGCCAUUGUCAGCUACAUGGUCUCUGCCAACAAGGCCGGACGCAGCGCUGUUCAGCCCCUGAUCCCCCAGCUUUUGUCGACCAUUCCCGAGAUCCUCAACCAGGAUGAGGUCCAAGCCAUGGACUGUUUCAGCUGCCUGAUCGAACUUGCGGAGAGCUAUCCAAAGACCUUCCGCUCCGUUAUGCCCCAACUUGUUCAGCUACUUGUCGGCAUUCUGAAGAACAAGAGCAUCGAGGCUUCCACCCGCCAUACCGCCCUCGAGAUUCUCAUCACCAUUGGCGAAUACGCCCCCGCCAUGGUUCGCAAGUUCCCUGAGUAUGCCAGUACUCUGAUUCCCAUCAUGCUGGAGUGGAUGGCGGACCUUGAGGAUGAGCCCUCCUGGUACACCACCGACGUUCUCGAGGACGACGACAACGAAGAAGACUAUGUCGUUGGCGAGCAGACUAUGGACAGACUGGCUCGAAACCUUGGUGGAGCGUCCGUGCUUCCUGUGACCUUCAAUGUCCUGUCUGCCAUGCUGGGUGCCCAGGAGUGGCAGCGCCGUCAUGCUGCCCUCAUGGCCAUCUCGGCCAUUGGAGAAGGCUGCAAGAAGCAGAUGGAAGCCGACCUGAAGCGUGUUGUUGACCUCGUUGUUCCCUAUACGCGCGAUCCCCAUCCCCGGGUGCGAUACGCCGCUCUGAACACCAUUGGUCAACUGUCGACCGACUUUGCACCCCUCAUCCAGAGCGACUACCAUCACGUCGUCCUCGAGAGCCUCGCCACAUGCAUGGACGAUGCUCAGUAUCCCCGUGUCCAGGCCCACGCUGCUGCGGCCCUCGUCAAUUUCUCGGAGGAGGCCGAGAAGGACGUUAUGGCGCCUUACCUGGACCACCUUUUCCCGCGCCUUCUGACCCUCCUGGACAAGGGCAAGACAUAUGUUCAGGAACAGGCCAUCACCUCGAUGGCCACCGUGGCCGAGAGCGCCAAGGACAAGUUUGCUGCCUACUACAACAGCAUCAUGCCCCUGCUUUUGAACGUCAUGAAGCACGCUACCACCAAGGAGUUCCGCCUGCUCCGUGGCAAGGCCAUGGAGUGUGCCAGUCUGGUUGCGCUUGCUGUCGGCAAGGAUGUGUUCCUGCCCCAUGCUAGCGAGUUUAUCGAGAUCCUGCGAGUCACUCAGCAAUCCAUCACCGAUUCCGACGACCCCCAGGCCGGUUAUCUCCCUCCGGCUUGGGCCCGUGUCUGCAAAGUUCUUGGCCAAGACUUCCUGCCCUUCUUGGAUAUUGUCAUGCCUCCGGUUCUGGAGGGCGCCAAGCUCAAGCCCGACUUUGCUGUUCUUGAUGUCGAAGAUGAUAUCGAGGAGAAAUUUGGCGAUGAAGAGGGCUGGGAGUUCCUCCAGAUGGAGGGCCAGCGUGUUGGAAUCAAAACCAGUGUUCUUGACGACAAGUGUACCUCGGUCGAAAUGCUUGUCUCGUACGCUGCCGAGCUCGGUGCUGGCUUCCACACCUACGUGCCGCAGGUCAUGGAGAUUGUCCUCCCUCUGGUGACCUUCUACUUCCACGAUGGUGUCCGUGAGGCUGCCGCCGCCUGCAUCACCCAGCUGAUCCUCUCAUGGAAGAAAGCCAACUAUCCCCAGGACCAGAUCUUGGCGCUUUGGCACAAGGUCCUCGCCAAGACCCUCGAAACCAUGAAAGACGAAGCUGACCCCGUCUUCCUGGCGAACCUCUAUGCGUCGUUCUACGAGUCGCUCGAGGCCGUCGGUCCCAUGAGCAUGACUGCCGAUCAGCUCGCAUUGUUCAUCAACGGUGCCCAGUACCAGCUCCUGCAGUAUUUCGAGCGUAACAAGGAGCGUGCUGAGCGCCGUAAGGAUGCUGAUCACGAUGAAGAGGACGAAGAAACCCUCCUCGAGAACGAAGAAGAUGAUGACAUUUUGCUGAGCGAGCUCUCUCGCGCCAUCCACGAAAUCUUCAAGCAGCACGGCCAGGCCUUCCUGCCCUACUUUGAAAUCAUCAUCCCGAUCGUGAACAACUUUUUGGUCAACAGCGAUUCGAGCGCUCGCCAGUGGGCCAUCUGCGUCUACGACGACCUGAUUGAGUUCACGGGUCCGGCCUCGUGGGUCUAUCAUACCCAUUUCCUUUCGGCCUUGUCUAACGCUCUCGGCGACAAGUCCUCGGACGUCCGUCAGGCCGCCGCCUACGGUGUCGGCGUUAUGGCCCAGUUUGGCGGCGAGAGCUUUGCUCAAACCUGCUGCCAGGCCCUGAACGCCCUCUUUGGGAUCGUCAACGCCUCCGAUGCUCGCUCGGAAGCGAACGUUGUUGCCACCGAGAACGCCAUCUCCGCCAUUGGCAAGAUUUGCCACUUCCAUGGACAACACUUUGAUGUCAACACCGCUCUCGCCCACUGGUUCCAGGCGCUGCCCAUUGUCCAUGAUGAGGACGAGGCCCCACAUACAUACACUUAUCUCCUGGAUCUCCUUGAGGGGAACCAUCCCGCCAUCCUUGGCGAGGGACACGCCAACCUGCCCAAGCUCGUUCCGAUGUUCGCCCAGGUCCUGAUGGCCGGAAUCCUCUCGGCUGAGCUCGAGCCCCGCAUGUCCAACUCGAUCCGUGUUAUCCUUACCCAGUGCGACGAUGCCACCAAGGGCGCUCUCUGGCAAAGCCUGACCGACGCUCAGCGACAGUUUUUGCAGCAAAAGGGAUUUGUGUAAGCCGGUGCAGCGACGCCAUCCCUCUAUAUAGAACCCCUCUGCUCGAUCCCGCAUGACUUGUUGCUGUGAUUUAUGUGAUCCGGACGCACACUUGCCGACGAAUCGUUUACGUGCAUUUCCUUUAGCGUAUUCAUUGUGGCCACCAGAAUGAAAUGGUACACACCCCGUUGUUGCUUUGUCAGUCGCUCUUUCUGGAGCGGAAUACAACUUUUCCAAGCGCCAACGGUGCCGCCCAGAA